UCUUUCUUCGCUUCUUCGCAACAUUGAAGUCCUGCAUAAGAUGGAUCGAUUAACGCAAUUGCAAGAUGCUAUUGACUCUAUGGCGAGAAUGUUUACCAAUAGUAUAUAUUACGUGCACGAAAAGUCCAGCAUGGUCGAGUUAAACAAAGAUAUACCAGUUUCACAACCGAAAAUACAAGCAGAUGAUCCGCAAGUAUUUCAAAACAAUAUGCGUGAAUUGGUUUCAGACUUGGUAAAGAAAGCCAAAGAAAUAGACCAAUUGAUUGAAGUCCUACCGGGUAUCCAUCAAACAGAAGAGGAGCAGAUUGACAUAUUGAAAAAGCUUGAAGAGGAGAACAGGGCAGCGAAUGAUGAAUAUGAAGCCGCGGUAAAAGAAAUGGAAUCAGUUAAAGAACGAAUAAAUCAGUCGCUUCGAACAAUUACAGAUGAAGUCAUAUAAACAAGCACCAAGAGGACAAAUUUGAAAGAAGAAAAAGAAAGGAAUAUACCAGUAUUAGUGCAAGCAUAUCACUCCAUGCCUACCUUUCUUCAAAAGCAACAAAAAAAAACCUAUAUUAUGUAAUGCAGUUGAUAAAAAGAGAAGAAAAUUUUCAGUUGAGAAAACUGUGAUCACCGACCAAAUCAGGGGCCGACAAAAUUAAAAAAAAAAAAAAAAAAAA